AUGCUCUUCGCACGGCAUGUGCUUGGACCACUCCUGGUCUCGAUCGGUUUGUCGGCUGGAGGAUAUGCUGAAGAAUACUACAGCUCAGAGACGACAGCAGCGACCAGUUCAACGACCCUACUCCCUGCCUCAUCCUCAAGUACAUCGACUGGUAUCGCAACGCAUACUGUUCAAGUCGGACCCAAGUCAAGCCCUCAGGCCUACGUCCCGCACAAUCUUACGGCCAACCCCGGCGAUGUUGUCGUUUUCGAAUUCAAUCCGACAAAUCAUUCAGUCGUGAAAGCAGACUUUGACGCUCCGUGUGUGCCAGCUAGUGAGGGUGUCUUCUUUUCUGGGAUGAUGGACAAGUUCAAUGAGAGUAAUGGUCAAGUUAUUGGUCCGUUGCCGACCUGGUCAAUAGUUAUCAAUGAUACUCAGCCAACGUUUUUCUACUGUACUGCAAUUGGCUCAUGUCUCAAAAACGGAAUGGUGGGUGUGAUCAACCCGAAUUCUACACAAACUUUCGAUGAGCAGUACAAAAAGGCUCUUACCUACCCUUACAUGGUGGUUCCCGGCCAAUCCAUACCCGCCGAGGGCGGUGGGUCAUCAACUUCCAGCAACUCAAGUGCAACCAGUGCCGCAACCAAUGGCGGCGGCGGUGGUGGGUUGAGUGGCGGAGCGAUUGCCGGCAUUGUUAUCGGAGCCGUUGUUUUCAUUGCUGUUGUGGUCGUACUGCUCUUUGUCAUCGGUCGCAAGCGCGUAUACUCACGGGACGAGCACGCGGAGCGACGAUCUUUAUUCAACAGCAUUGGCAGCAAUCAUGACAACCGCAGGAGUGACCUCGACAGCAACUAUGGCAGAGCUCCAGGCACUAAUUUCACUUCUGUUAGUGGCCCAGAACCGAUGAUGCGUGAGUUCUCGACCGCUCCCGAAUCAGCGUCUGGAUUUGGUGGCACCUCGUCUCGUCCUAAUUCCGGCCAAUGGAACUGGAACAACACCCAGCAAGGUUCGCGCACCGCCCAAGGUCCAACGGAAUUGGACGUCAACGCCGCGAUCUAUGAACUCCCGGACAGUAGGGGCCCAUAG